AUGUUUAAACCCAGUUCGGAUUCUGAGGCUUUCUACUUAGCUAGAUUACAACAAGCUUCACUUGAUUCUCAAUCCAAGCGUUACAAAACCUUUCCUAGACAAUUUCAACCAUCUACUAGCUCAUUUUCUCCAUCUUCUAACUUUAAAGCUUCACUACCACCACUUACCAAUAUACCCAAACCAUCUUUCUCUCCAGAUAAGCCUAUCAUUACUCACCCUCUUACACCAACUAAGCCUGAGCCAACUUUGCCACCUAUUAAACGACUCACUCCUGCUCAGAUGCAAGCCAUAAGAGAUAAGGCGUUGUGUUAUAAUUGUGAUGUUUUCUACAAGCCUGGCCAUCGCUGUAAAACACAACAGUUAUUCAUGUUAGUAGCAUCUGAGGAUGACAAUGCUUCUCCACCUAUUGAGGACUCUGAAGAAGAGAAUGGUUCUCCAUCCACUUCUGGAGAUACCACCAUGGAGAUAUCUCUGCAUGCAUUGACUGGUCUUGUUACCCAAAACACUAUUAGAGUACCAGGUAAACUUCUGAAUCAAGAUAUCUUUGUCUUGAUUGACACUGGUAGUACUCAUAGCUUUCUGGAUUCUUCUCUGGCUGAGAAAUUACAUUUACACAUAGCUCCUACUGGACAAAUGUUGGUGACUGUUGCAAAUGGUGACACCACUGUCAGCCAUGGUGUCUGUCCAAAUUUACAUUGGUCUAUGCAGGGCUACAAAUUUGAUAGUGAUUUGAGAGUUCUUCCCUUAGGGGGAUGUGACAUGGUAUUGGGUGUUGACUGGCUCAAAGGAUUGGGUGAUGUUGUUUUCAAUCUAGCUGACCUUAAAGUCUCAUUUCAACAUCAAGGUGCACAUAUUACAUUGCAAGGACACAAAGAUAGACCUUCUUGCAACUUACUCAGUGGUGCCUCCUUUCUCAAAUUUGUCAAAACCCACACUUCUGUCAUUAUUGGUCAUUUUUUCUCUAUUUCAGCUGCACCCAUUGCUCCUCCACCACCUGAGAUCACAUCUAUUUUACACAGCUAUGAUGAUGUUUUUAACUCACCAUCCACACUUUGUCCUACCAGAGUUAUUGACCACAAAAUUCCCUUGAAACCAAAUUCAACACCUACCUCUCAAAGACUUUAUCGAUGCCCCUACAUUCAGAAGGCAGUGGUGGAACAAUUAGCUCAAGAGAUGUUAGAUGCAGGCCUUAUUCAAGACAGUACCAGUCCAUUUGCUGCACCCAUUUUAUUGGUCAAGAAAAAAGAUGGUUCCUGGAGGUUCUGCGUAGACUACAUAAAAUUGAAUGAGAUGACAAUUAAGGAUAAGUUCCCCAUUCCUCUCAUUGAGGAACUCCUUGAUGAAUUAAAUGGAGCUACCAUCUUCACCAAAUUGGAUCUUAAAGCUGGCUAUCAUCAAAUCAGAAUGCACAUUGAAGAUAUCUAUAAAACUGCUUUCAGAACUCAUCAUGGUCAUUAUGAGUUCAAGGUGAUGCCAUUUGGUCUUACAAAUGCACCUGCUACCUUUCAAUCACUCAUGAACACGGUGUUUCAACCAUUUAUCAGAAAGUUUGUGCUGUUGAAUUACUUUGGCCAUAUUAUUUCUUCUAGGGGAGUUGCUGCUGAUCCUGAAAAGUUAGUAGCCAUGCAAACUUGGCCUCAACCAAAAAAUUUGAAGCAACUAAGAGGUUUUUUGGGCCUCACUGGUUAUUAUAAGAGAUUCAUCCAAGGGUAUGGUAAUAUUAGCAAGCCACUUACUGACAUGCUUAAGAAGAAUUCUUUUGUUUGGUCUCCAUUUGCAAUACAAGCUUUCCAAGACCUCAAAGAUGCCAUGACAACUACUCCAGUCCUGGCAUUGCCUGAUUUCUCUUCCCCAUUUGUAUUGGAAACUGAUGCAUGCACUAGGGGGGGCUGUAAGCCUCUUGGUCCCAAAGCCUUAGCUUUAUCUAUUUAUGGAAAAGAACUGUUAGCCAUUGUUAUGGAUGUGCAAAAAUGGAGACAUUAUCUCUCUCAUAAUCAGUUCAUUAUCAACAAGGACCAGAGCUUAAAGUUCUUCAUGGAGCAGAGAAUGUCAUCUAUUCUGCAACAAAAAUGGCUUAUGAAACUCUUGGGGUUAGAUUAUGUGAUCCACUAUAAAAAAAAGGGGGGCAUUCUCAGGUAUAAAAACAGAAUGUAUGUUGGUGCUGGUAAUAACAUGAGAACCUCUAUUAUGCAGUCAGUACAUGCCUCUGCUGUUGGUGGUCACUCAGGAAUUCUAGCUGGACUCCUACAACCAUUGCCUAUACCAGAUGCUGCAUGGCAACAUAUCUCCAUGGAUUUCAUUGAAGGUUUUCCACUCUCCAAUAGAAAGUCUGUCAUACUAGUAGUUGUUGAUAGGCUCACCAGGUAUAGCCACUUUAUUGCUCUUAGCCACCCAUUCACAACUGCAUCUGUAGCUAAGGAAUUCAUGCAUCAUGUUUUUAAGAUACAUGGACUGCCUUCUUCUAUAGUGUCAGAUAGGGACAAGAUCUUUAUUAGUCAAUUUUGGCAAGAGCUGUUCAAAUCUUUAGGCAUCUCCUUACAUCUCAGCACAGCUUACCAUCCUCAGUCUGAUGGACAAACAGAAAGAACCAAUGCAUGCCUGGAGCAGUAUUUGAGAUGUAUGACUGGUACUAAACCCAAACUCUGGGCCAAUUGGCUGUCUCUUGCUGAAUGGUGGUUCAACACCAACUUCCACACCAGUCUUAAGAUGACACCAUUUCAAGCAUUGUAUGGUUAUCUACCUCCACAUCUUGCCUUCCAUGUCCAUUCUACUACAACAGUUGCUUCAGUUCAAGAAUACUUGCAAGAGAGAGACCACAUGUUGCAGCUGCUCAAGGAUGAUCUACUCAAGGCUCAAUACAGGAUGAAGUUCUAUGAUGAUAUCUCUAGAUGUGACAGAUAUUUUAAUGUGGGUGACUGGGUAUUUCUGAAAUUACAGCCAUACAGGCAAUCAUCUGUGGCUCUCAGACAAAACCUUAAACUCUCAGCCAAAUAUUAUGGCCCCUUUGAGGUUCUCCAAAAGGUUGGUACUGUUGCAUACAAGUUAAAGAUACCAAUUGGGUCAAGAAUACAUCUUGUGUUUCAUGUCUCUCAAUUAAAGAAGAAGAUUGGUCAGCACAGGAUUCCUUCUACCUCCCUUCCCUUGGUGGAUACUUCUGGUGAUUUCAUUGUCCUGCCUGUUGCUGUUCUAGACCAUAGACAAAGCUUGACAGGUGGUGUUGCAGUUCAACAAGUACUUAUCCAGUGGUCCAAUUCACAGCCUGAAGAUGCCACAUGGGAGGACAUCUCACACAUACAUGCUCAAUUUCCUGAGUUCAUCCUUGAGGACAAGAAUGCUUAG